AUGAGGAAGAAAGGAGGAAAGGUGUGCGACGACGACUCAAAUGGCGAUGGAGGCGGAGCUGAGAUGCUGAAGAUACAAGUAAGCGGGAAGGCGAUCUUGUCCACUGUUCGUUGUCGGAGACAGGCAAGAGUAAACCCGAUUUUUUCGAGUGUUCGUUGUCAGAGAGAGAUGUCGACUUCUUCUACUUCCUUCGUGUUUGGUCCUUACAAGAUUGAUCCGCGUGAGGUGUUCUACGCAACUCCUCUCUCUUACGCCAUGGUUAAUCUCCGUCCUCUUCUUCCUGGUCAUGUUCUUGUCUGUCCAAGACGCCUUGUACCGCGCUUUACUGAUCUCACAGCUGAUGAGACUAGUGAUCUCUGGCUUACUGCUCAGAAAGUUGGCUCUCGGAUUGAGACUUUCCACAAUGCUUCUUCUCUCACAUUAGCCAUCCAAGAUGGUCCUCAGGCGGGACAGAGUGUUCCUCAUGUGCACAUUCACGUCUUGCCUCGUAAAGGUGGUGACUUUGAGAAGAACGAUGAGAUCUAUGAUGCUAUUGAUGAGAAGGAGAAGGAACUGAAGCAGAAGCUUGAUCUUGACAAAGACCGUGUUGAUAGGAGCAUUGAGGAGAUGGCUAACGAGGCUUCACAGUACAGGGCUCUUUUCGAUUGCUAGUUAUAAAGCAAAGCUAUGCAUUGGCUUGCUUUGACCCUUAAAUAAGACUAUUGUGAGAAUCUCCCUCAAGUUGAGGUUGAUAUUAGAGACUUCAAUUCAAACUUGUAAUCUCUUUCUUAUGCCACAAAAACUGGAAUUAUCUAAGCGUUCUAGUUCUGGUUCUUAUUGAUAUUAAUGGAAUCAACACUGACUAUAUUUUAA